AUGGCAAUCAGAUAUAGGUCAGCUACUCCAGGUACACUCCUCUCAUUAUCAGCUACGAUCUUAUUAGCUAUCGUAUCGUUUAAUACACCUUUAUUGAAAAGUUUAUUUUUCCUUAAAGCUACUUAUAGUUCUGGGCAAGAUGCUGGGACUUUGACUUUGGGUACUUUAGGAUAUUGUUUGACUACUGGUACGCAGGUUUGUGUGGGACCAAGAGUCGGUUAUGAGUUUGACAUGAGACAUUCUGGUGUUUGUGUUCUUCAUCAAAAUGUUUCUCCUACCUAUCAUCUAUUCUGGACUUUGUCGCUGGAAUACUUGGAGAACAUUGUUCUAGAGCUCGGUCAUCUGUCCUGCGAGCAGCGAAUCCCUUCUGAUGAUGUGGAGGGUUAUGUUGUCGAACUAGCUUGUGAUCCCAACGCUCUCCUCGGAAUCACCCUUUUCAACAUUCCCGAAACCAUCACUCAUUACCUCACAUACACCUUGAUCCUACACAUCAUCGCCUUGGCUUUCUCCGUCCUCUCCACCAUCUUCGGUCUUCUCUCUCAUAUCUCAUCCCUAUCUUUAUUAUGUUUCCCAACAUGUUUCGCCUCUCUCACCUCUACAUUCUCCCUCCUAGCACUUAUAUUCGACCUCGUCAUAUUUUACAUCGCCAAAGCGCGUAUAGACGACGUAUCCGGAGCCUCGGCCUCUAUAGGUAUAUGUGUCUGGCUCACUCUCGCCGCUUGGCUUCUCGCAGGAUUUGCAGGCUGCGCAUAUGGUAUUGGAAGAUGUUGCGUAGGAUCAAGAAAUAGAUCAAGAAGUGAAAGUGAUAGUUAUAAACCAAGUUAUCAACCUGCCAAUGGACCUGACGAAAUGAGAUUAAAAGCUAUUAGGGAUGAACAAUUAAGAAAGAAAGAACAAGAUUUACCUUCUUUCUCUAAUCCUGAUAGAUCAGAAACUAUACCUCUUACCGCUAAAGAUGAUUCGGAUGAUAAAUAUUUAUAUGAAGAUCAACCUAUUCCUGGUGGAUAUGGAAGAGGUUUGAAUAGAGAUGGAUCUGUCGUUCCUGGUGUUGGAACGGGAUAUGGAAGAAGGAAUAAAACUCCUGGACCAAAUAAUGGGAAUGGGAUGGGACAAGAACAAACUCAUGUUUUAGGUUAUGGAUGGAAUAGACCUAGUUCACCAAGUGCAAUGACUAGUGCAGGUGAAUUUGUUGGUGUUGGUGCAGGUGGUGCGGGUGUUGAAAGACCUGAACCUGCUUAUGGGAUUUAUAGAGGUCAAACUCCUGGUGGUGAACAUCAAUAUUAUGAACAACCUUAUCAAGAACCAUAUCAAACUUAUCCACCAUAUCAACCUAAUCAAUACCCCACAUCAGAAUCACAACCCAACCCUUACUCUCAAUCCAAUAUAAAUUACCCUCCUAACGUCAUGCCACAACCCGUUCCUACUCCGGGAAGAAACUAUGAAUAUUCUUCUGAUCCAAGACCGAAUUCAGAUCCUUAUGGGGGUUACGAAGGAGUAGGAGUUGCUGCAAUGCAACAUGAUAGAGAAUAUACAGGAUCAACGUUCGGACAUGGAAUCACUCCUCCUAUUCCAUCUAUCAGUCCUAAUCCUAAUCCAAAUCAACAUCCUGGGUAUAACAACAACAACGCAUAUGGAGGAGGAGGAGGUUAUACGAAUGAUCAAAUACAAUCUCAGAUCGCAGUACAUCAACCUAUUCCACAACAUUUGGUCAAUAGAGAUAAUACGACAUUACUUCGUUCACCUCUUUCUCCUCAGGAUAGAGCAAGGGAAGAUGUAGUUGGAUUACCAAAUCCUCAUUUGGGGUAUGGUAAUAAUCCUUCGGUUGGUAAUGAGAAUAAUAUCGGUGCGAAUGGGACCAAUGGGUAUGAUCCGACUCAAGGAGGUAAUAAUCCUCAUCAAUAUUCUCAGUAUGACGAAAGGAGACAAGAAGAUUAUGAUGAUGAACAUGAUAAUGGUAGACCACCAAGUUAUGGUGCGGUAGCUGCUAGUUCUAAUUAUCGACCACCUACGAAUGAGAAAUAUAGGUGA